AUGAGCUCUAUUCCUCCAGGCGAGCGCAAGAAGAACGCAGCUACGAUUCUACGUCUACUCACCGAGUGUCGCGACAAGAUAUCCGAUGACUGUCCUGAGCCGACACUUAAACUUCCAGACUCAACUAUUCGCGAUUAUGUCAGGAACAUUGAGAACCCUGUAUGCGCCAGCAAGAAGACGGAUCUAGAAGGAUAUCUUCAGACAAUAUCAGCUCUCGUUGCUAGAAUCGAGGAAAUCGGCGAUGACCUCCCGACUGGAUGGCAAGAUUUCUCGAAUUGGCUGCGCGAAUGCACCGUCUACCUAAAGGGCACUACACCUCACGUCUCCACUGGCCGACCGCCACUGACAGUCAUCUUUGGCAACUCAGAUACUGGAGCGAAGACCACAGACAAGCCUUUCUCGUUCAACGUAUCUGCCAAGCCCACAGAGAAGACCUCGACUGGAAGUUCGUCUGAAUCUUCAUCGUCUCCUAGCCCCACAACCAGGGACGCCUCUCCUGUUCAACUCAGCUUGUUGCCACCUGAGUCCUCCCCGAAGUCUACUCCAGAAAAGACUGGUCCAGUGGUAUCAUCCACCAACGACGGCAAGCUGGAGACGAUCUUGAGGCUCCUGCAGGAGGAGAGGACUGCGAGAAUCGAGGCCGAAGCCAAGAGGGCCGACGCUGAGGUCAAGCAGAAGCAGUCGCACGACGAGGUUCUUCAACGAAUUGCGAGCCUCGAGAAGACCAACCUUUCUACGAAGGCAAUAGCCAACAAGCAAAAGGAACUCGAUGAGCGUGCGGCUUCCCUCUCCAAGCGCGAGGAAGCAGUGGAGGCACUUCAAGCUAAGCUUGAAGCAGACAUAUCAAGGCAAGCGGCCACAGAGAAGGCCUUCAUCGUCAAAUCUGAGGAGGUUGACAAGGAUUUCGGCCAGAUGCAAGCGAAGCUUGAUCGUAUGGAGAAGGAGGCUAAAGCACGGCUGGCAAAGACGAAGACCCCUAUCGCGUCAGCCGCGAAGCAGAAAGAGUCUGUGAAGCCUACAAUUGUUGUGUCUCCCUCCCAUUCCAACGACAGAGUCGUUUCCGAGGCCGACAAGAUCGCUGGACCGAAGCGCAAGUCUGUGAGCCGAAUCAUCGCAAUCCUCAACAAGGCUUUUCCUGCGAAUGAGGCAAUCAUUGUCUUCGAUGAGCUGAAGCACAAGACUCUACGCGUCUUCAAGGUCGGAAAAGCGCAGCGCAAGGACUUCGAAGUUCAGAUUGACAAGGUACUGACACUGUACGGGACACCGGCAUCGAAGCGUGAGCAGCACGUCGCUAUGCUGAUUGACUUGAUCAACUUCGAGGAUGCUAUCGGCCGUAACGAUGACGGACUGUAUGGUCUUCUUAAUGUUACUGUCAAGGAUGCAGCUAUCCAAUACGCCAAUGAUGGACUUUCCAAGUGGCUCUUCCACCACUACAUGUGGUUGGACUUCGACAAGGUUUUUGCACAGCACGGCAACUUGCAGUCCAUCAAGACCAUCGCAAGCCUGGGAACGUCUCUCUUUGACAUGGAGUUGGCCUUGAGUUCUGCUGAGCAGCCGGACGAGUUCGAUGAAGAGAUCACCGCUACGCCGUCUGAAAUUCUCGAAAAAUAUCACGGGAUAUUCAACGAGUACGGGUCAGCUCUACGCCACUUUCUGAGCGCCGUACCCGAGUCAUCACCCAUGUAUGAGCUGGUCAAGGCCCAUGGUGAGCGCGAGGGUUUUAUUACAUAUGAUAGCUGGUACAAGGCGGUUCGCAAGUUCGAUGUCAGGUUUUGA